AUGUUCCGAUCCCAAACUACUGUUAUCACGGCGGUACUGUCCCUGCUAUGGACUGCCACUGUCAUCACUGCACUCGGAAGUCCAACAAUCCAGGAGCUGACGGUGGCGCUCGACUAUGGCUCCUUCCAAGGAGGCUACUCUGCAGAUUACAACAUAUCCUACUGGCAAAAGAUACCCUUUGCAGCGCCCCCAGUCGGUGCCCUGCGUUUCCGUGGUCCUCAACCCCCAGAUUCGUACAAAUGCGGUGGGGUUUACAACUCAAGCCAGACGUUUGACAUGUGCCCUCAGAGAACGACCAACGGCUCAGAAGACUGCCUGUACCUGGGCUUGUACACCCGCCCCUGGACGCCCACGCAGUCGCUACGCCCAGUGAUCAUCGCCUUCUACGGCGGCGGCUUCAUCCGGGGCUCUGCGAGCUUUACGCUGCCGCCGUCGCUGUACCCGAUCCAUAACCUGACGCGCGGCGACACGGUCGUCAUCUACCCAAACUACCGUACCAACGCCUUUGGCUUCCUCCCGGGGCGGCAAGUGGCCGAGGACUGGCCCGAGUCGGACCUGAACCCGGGCCUGCUGGACCAGCGCGCCGCCAUCGAGUGGACGCGCAGGCACGUGCGCCACUUUGGCGGCGACCCGGACCGGAUAACCAUCCAGGGCCAGUCGGCCGGCGGCGGUAGCGUCUUGGCCCAAGUCCUCGCUGCUGCGGGGGAGUUCUCAGGCGCAUCAUGGCCGUUCCGCGCCGCGCUGGCAAAUUCGCCCUUUUGGCCUAAGGUCUACCGCUACGAGAGCCCGGAAGCGCAGUGGAUCUUUGACAAGGUCGCCGAGGAGGCCGGGUGCGGGAGAGCUCCUUCCGCAGAGGGGGAGUCGGACACGCGCCUGGCGUGCCUCAAGACGGCUGACGUGCAGGCGAUCCGCCGGGCUGCGCUGCUGGUCGCCGACAGCCACGUGCACACGACGUCGACGUUUACGUGGGCGCCUGUGAUUGACGGGCGGUUCCUGCGUCGGCCGCUGAGUAGUCUGGCUUCAUGUCAAUCGGGAAUUGCGGCUGGGUUUGCAAUGUAUAACACGCAUGAGGGCGAGGACUUUAUCCCGCCGGCUGGUGAUCUGUCUUUCGACUCCUGGCUCCCCGGGUUUCUCCCCAACCUAUCUCUCGCGGAUCUCGCAGCGGUCAAGUCCGCAUAUCCCGAAGUCGGCAGCUCAGAGACUAUCGCCGAGUACAGCAAUGCCUCCGUCCGCGCGGGGCUGAUAUAUCGUGAUGUAGUGUUGACCUGUCCGGCCUUGUGGUUCGCCAACUCCAGUGGUCAGGGCUGGUUGGGCGAGUACUCCAUUAGCCCAGCCAAGCACGCGAGUGACGUCUAUUGGUGGAACACAAUCAACCCCAUGCACGAGUCCGAUCGUUUCCAUUUUGAAGGCUACACAGGUGCCCUGGCCUCCUUCCUGCAGAACGGAGGCCCAAACGUGAGGAAGCUUACAAACUCGAGCACCCAUGGUGUUCCGCCGCUCGCGUCUGGGAUGCAGUUCCACAUCGACUCUCAGGGGUUUGGGCAGCUGGAGCUGGCGCACCUGAUCGAAAGGUGUGCUUUGUGGCAAAGGCUAGCGCCCAAGGUGCCUUUGUAG